UGAAAAAAAGAUCGUACCUGUUGUGAUUCAAGUAGUUAAAUUGACUAGGAAGUGGUAGAUGAACGAUGAUUGUUCUCUCCGUCCAUGAUUACUGAUUGUGUCGAUCAACAAUCGGUGCAGCUUUAGGACAGAGGUAACCCCGGCAACUGCUUAAGCUUCAAGCUCGAGUUAAAGUUGAUUUUGCAAGUACUCCACAACACAACAACAACAACAAAACAGCAAGCGGAAGAAACCACUCGUGCAAAUCCCCAAAACAAGAGAUACACUGGAACGGUGAUUCUGCAGGUUUCCCCCUUCAAGAAAGCAUCAUGCCACCAAAAUUUAAGCGAAGCUUUGACCGAGAGGAUGUACGGAACUCAAGAGACAUUGAGAGGACAGCUCUACUUGAUGGAAACUCGGAUGAUGAAGAUUUCUUCUUGAGAGGACCUACUGUAAAUACAAACAGACUUCGCGAUCCAAAAAUAGAAAGGUUACAGGGCCAGGUCCAUGAGGUUGUGGGUGUAAUGAAGGAUAAUGUGAGCAAGGUUCUGGAGAGAGGAGAGCGUCUGGAGGAACUUCAGGACAAAUCAGAUUCUCUGGCCAGCAAUUCGGACAUGUUCCGCUCACGAGCGACUGGAUUACGUCGACAGAUGUGGUGGAACAACUGCAAGGUGAAAUUGAUCAUCGCUGUCAUUAUUCUCAUCAUUAUGGCUAUCAUUAUCAUUCCUAUCAUUGUGAAAAGCCAGAAUACAGAGAAAUGAGUAUAGACUGAUUCCUGCAGCAUCAGUGUGGCGGGCGGAGAAGUUUCCAGGCCAAUUCGGCCUCUUGUAAAUAUGUCUGUCAAUACGGAAAGCAGACUGAAGAUAUUUAGCCAGAAUAUUUAUCUCUCACAAAAGUGUGUGCUGUACAUGUAUGCAGUGAGCUUAGGACGUUCUCCAGUGUGCUUUAUAAGCAAUCAGACAGUGGAUGUUUCCUGGUAUGUCAGCUAAAAGGAUACCUUUGACAAAAACAGAAACAAAACUCUUGCAUAUAGGUUGAACAGAUUUCCUGCUGACAUUUUAGAAAAAUCAUUCACCUC